AGUGGAACGUGCACAAUCCAGUGUACAAAAAAUAAAAAAUAGUUGUAGUAUUGUAGUAUUGGGAAAUUGUUUCAAACCACCUUCACAGUCACAUUCAUCAAUCACUCUAUGUGAGGAUAAUAUACCAUCGAAGGAAAGAACGUGUCGUGAAUUCUUGAUUCAAGUAGAGUUGUUUGUUCUUUGGAAAGCACUUUUGCAUAACUGAACAAGCCUACCCUACAGGAGAAUGGAGUCUGAAGACCCAACGGCAGCAGACGCAGAAUGGAAGAAAAUACAGCAGAAUACCUUCACAAGAUGGUGUAACGAACAUCUGAAAACGGUCAACAAGUAUAUCUACAAUCUGGAAACAGAUCUGUGUGACGGGUUGCUGUUAAUUGAUCUACUUCAAGUACUUUCUAAUAAGAAGAUUUCCGAGUACAAUAAGAAGCCAAGCUUCAAAUCAAAGAAGUUAGAAAAUAUUUCCAUUGCUCUCAAAUUCAUCGAGGAUGAGAAUAUUAGGUUGGUGAACAUUGAUGCGAGUGAUAUCUUUAAAGGCAUACUGAAGUUAAUCCUGGGUCUGCUAUGGACGCUGAUAUUGAAGUACGCCAUCUCUCGACCGUAUUUAGAUGACGAUGGUGAUCGAGGCGACGAACAUAUUACACCAAAGCAGGCAUUGCUAGGAUGGAUCCAAAGUAAGAUCCCAUCUAAAGUACCAAUGACUAACUUCACCAAGGACUGGAACAAUGGAUUGGCCGUAGGUGCUCUAGUAGAUGGUGUCGCUCCAGGACUGUAUCCUGAUUGGAAGAACAACGAUCCUAAAGAUGCUCUCAUGAAUGCAAAGGAAGCGAUGAAACUUGCUGAAGUUUGGCUUGGAGUACCUCAGGUGCUGGAUCCAAGUGAUAUGGUUAAUCCCAACUUAGACGAGUUGAGUACGAUGUGCUACUUAAGUGCUUUUGUAGAGGCUAAACUGAAGCCUGGUGCACCAAUUAAACCAUGUGAUAAUGGUGAUAAAACAAAAUAGGUAUGGUGCGCUCAUACAUCUGGUUCAUUCACAAUAGUGUCAGUCCCAGGGAGGGUGGGAUCAAGGACGUAAUAUUCCCCUUCAGGUAGGGGAUGGCCUGUGUUGUCAUCCUCCAAUAAUUUACGGUUGAACAUCAUAAUAUUUUUGAUGAAUAUGAGAAGUAUGGUUAUGAAGAUAAGGAGGGAAUACAAGAUGACCAUGAUGGUCAUACUGACUGCCAUAUAUACGAAUGGUGACCGUCAAUUCUUUUUCUC